CUCCCGAGGAAGGGGCUGGUGGCGGGCGCCCGGGACACCCAGAGUCACCCUCUGCGUGCUGGAUAUCAACAAGCCUCAGCACAGGCAGCUCCCGACGGAUCGAUGCCAGCCAAAUGAUGACCAGUUGUGGCCAGCAGUCCUUGAACGUGCUCACCGUCCUCUCGUUGCUGAUUUCUGCAGUCUUGUCCGCACAUUUCCGAGUCUGUGAGCCAUACACGGACCACAAAGGCCGCUAUCACUUUGGCUUCCACUGCCCCCGGCUCUCGGACAACAAAACCUUCAUUCUCUGCUGUCACCAUAACAACACGGUUUUCAAAUACUGCUGCAACGAGACAGAGUUUCAGGCGGUGACGCAGGCGAACCUCACGGCCGGUUCCGAGGGCUACGCGCACAACAAUUACACCGCCUUGCUGGGGGUGUGGAUCUACGGCUUUUUCGUGCUGAUGCUGCUGGUCCUGGAUCUUUUGUAUUACUCAGCAAUGAACUACGACAUUUGCAAGGUUUACCUGGCACGGUGGGGCAUCCACGGACGAUGGAUGAAACAGGACCCCCGGCGGUGGGGCAAUCCUGCCCGGCCCCCCCGGCCAGGGCAGCCCGCCCCGCAGCCCCAGCCUCCCCCAGGCCUGCUGCCGCAAGCCCCCCAGGCCGUGCACACGCUUCAGGGAGAGGCCCACAGCCCACCACUGAUGACCUUCCAGAGUUCGUCUGCCUGAAAACCCUUUUGCUGUGCCUCAGGAUGGGGGAGGUGAGACCCGAAGCACGCGGCACAGCCUCCAAGGAGACCAACGUCAACAGAGACCCCAGGGAGAGCCGAGGUGGCUGCGGCGGUGGCAGAGGAAGAAAUGCCACCUGUGCCCACAACCCCCUUCCAUGGACUUCUAAGACUAGGAGCAAACUCAGGGGUGGGGGCCAGGGGUUCUAACGGAGGGAGGUCUUGAGCCACCCGUCUGCAAGCAAUAGUCCCAUUCUGGACUGGUGGCUUCUGAGAGGGGACGCCAUUGUGGACUCAGGAUGACCAGCACAAAGCUGCUCCAGCUGAUUCAAGCUGCAGGGAUUAGGCCUGUGCACCGUACCUGUGGGCCCCUUGCCUCCAGUCCCUCCAGUUGUGGCCUGUGGGCCUUUGUCAGAAUACUGAAUGUGAGUGUGUGUGUGUGUGUGUGUGUGCAUAAGUGUGUGUUUGGAGGUGUGACUUGGGGUGUUCUUUUUGUUUGGUUGCGUGUUGGUUUCUAUUGGAAUCCCUGCGAGUCCUCUAACGGGCACAGGUCACCAGUGGUGGGGGCCCUGGUCAGCGUCCCCGUUCAAACUUCUUGCUGUAGCGGGCAGCUGUGAACCCCCUGGAGUCACCAACAUGAGGCAUGGUCCCGCUAUGUUUCAGAGGACAUGGGGAUUUGAAAAUGCUAGUAAGGGUUUGUUCUUAUGGAAUUUACUCCCCUAACUAUGUAAUAAUAAGUGAUGAGGCUUCUCGGGCCAUCCACGGGACAGGCACGGGGCCGCGUGUCUCCAUGCACUCCCUCUCUCACUGCCCGGGAGGGGGUGUGGUGAGCCCCCUGCAGAAAUGGCUCUGAGCAGGGGAGGUGCCCAGGGUCACACAGCCAAGAGGAGACCAGACACUCUGUUUGAUCUUAGGGGUGUAGGAACCAAAAGUCCACACUCCCCAGCCCAGGGGACCCCCAGCACAAUCCCUGGGACAUCUCCCCACUUGCCUCUCAGUGGACUGACUGUUGCCCCAACUUCUCCACCAUCACUGCCCUGAAACCCUCAUCCACACAGCACAUUCUGUUAAGCACUUGCUGUGUGUCAGACCCCAGGCUGGGCAGUGAUGGGACCUGGCCAUGAGUCAGGCAGGCCGGGUCCCUGCCCUGGAGGGAGGCCACCAUCUGGUGGGAUAGAUACACAGAUCUGAGCUGAACACAGUGUCGAGGGCUGUGGAAGCCCCAAGGGAAGUUUCUAGAAACCAUUCCACUUUAGAUUUCUGCAUAAACCCGGAUGCCUAUAACAUCCAUCCCCAGAGGUCCCCACCACCACCCACCCCACUGGCCGAGAGCACACACAUGGAAGGGCAUUGCCCGGGAAACCUUCACAUAAAUCCCCAAGGACCACAAGGCCAGUGUAGACACACCUAUUCUACUGGGGGAGAUUCCAGAUCUCCCCCAGCUCUUAGCGCAGUGGACCCUGCUCAGCAAACGUGUGUCCCUCUGAUGACGUGCCCGCACUCAGCCGGACUCUUGCACGCAUGCUGUCUGCCCUCAGACACACCGGUGAGCCGG